UCACUCUAUUUCCUGCUUUCAACUUCUCUUUCUGCUAAUCAAUCUUCAUUUUCUACCUCUUACAUUUUGUUUCCACACCAUUAAUUUACUUGAUUAAUUUUCCUGUUGAUAAAGACGAUGAAUGGAAGCGACAAUAGGCGCAAAGAUCGGUGGGAUUUUCGUAUUUCGAAGAAGCAGCAGCUGAUUCUAAAUGCGGAGGAGCAGCUUGAAUCCAAGCUCGGAUUUGAUCUCUUCACCGAAGGCGAUACGCGCCUCGGCUGGCUACUUACUUUCGCCUCUUCGUCUUGGGAGGACCGGGAAACUAAUAAGGUGCACAGUUGCGUCGAUUUGUACUUUGUCUGCCAGGAUGGUUCAAUGUUUAAGGCGAAGUAUAAGUUUCGACCUUAUUUUUAUGCUGCCACCAAGGAAAAAAUGGAAACCGAUGUUGAGGCGUAUUUGAGAAGGCGUUAUGAGGGCCAAAUUGCAGAUAUUGAAAUUGUAGAGAAAGAAGAUCUUAAUCUUAAAAAUCACCUGUCUGGUCUGCACAAGUGCUAUUUAAAGAUAUCUUUUGAUACUGUUCAACAACUAAUGCAAGUCAAGAAAGAUCUUGUUCAUGUUGUUGAAAGAAACAAAGCAAAGAUGGACGCCGAGGAUGCAUAUGAUUCCAUAUUGGCAGGGAAAAGCAAACAACGGCUCCAAGAUUUCAUCGAUUGUAUCAAUGAUCUACGUGAAUUUGAUGUACCCUAUCAUGUUCGCUUUGCAAUUGACAAAGAUAUAAGGUGUGGACAGUGGUAUGAUGUAAGUGUAUCCAGUGCUGGAGUUAUAGUGGAAAGGAGAGCAGAUCUGUUGCAACGGGCAGAAGUUCAUGUCUGUGCUUUUGAUAUUGAGACCACAAAGCUGCCGUUAAAAUUUCCAGAUGCAGAAUAUGAUUCAAUCAUGAUGAUUUCGUACAUGAUUGAUGGCCAAGGGUACCUCAUCAUUAAUAGAGAGUGUGUUGGGGAGGAUAUAGAGGAUUUGGAGUACACUCCCAAACCAGAGUUCGAAGGUUGCUUCAAAGUGAAAAAUGUUAAAGAUGAGAAAGGACUACUUAGCUUGUGGUUUGCUCAUAUGCAAGAUGUAAAGCCUGGUAUAUACGUGACAUACAACGGAGACUUUUUUGAUUGGCCAUUCCUGGAGACCAGAGCAGCCCAUCAUGGUUACAACAUGAAUGAAGAACUUGGAUUUCGAUGUGACAAAGUUCAAGGUGAAUGCCGUGCCAAAUUUGCUUGCCAUCUGGAUUGUUUUGCUUGGGUUAAACGUGAUAGUUAUCUACCUCAAGGCAGCCAAGGCUUAAAGUCUGUUACGAAAGCUAAAUUGGGCUACGACCCUUUAGAAGUCAAUCCUGAGGAUAUGGUUCGCUAUGCACAAGAAAGGCCACAGAUGAUGGCAUCAUAUUCUGUUUCUGAUGCUGUUUCUACCUACUACCUAUAUAUGACAUAUGUACACCCCUUUAUUUUCUCCUUAGCAACCAUAAUUCCCAUGCCACCAGACGAAGUUUUAAGAAAAGGAAGUGGGACACUUUGUGAAAUGCUUCUCAUGGUUCAGGCAUACCAAGCAAAUGUUAUCUGUCCUAAUAAGCACCAAUCUGAUCCGGAGAAAUUUUACCACAAUCAACUCCUUGAGAGUGAGACAUACAUUGGGGGCCAUGUGGAGUGCCUAGAAAGUGGAGUUUUUAGAUCUGACCUUCCAACAAGUUUCAAACUCGAUCCAGCUGCUUAUGAGCAAUUAAUAGACAAUCUAGACCGGGACCUGCAAUAUGCUAUCAUAGUGGAAGGAAAGAUGGAUCUGGAAUCAGUUACAAAUUAUGAUGAAGUUAAGAAUGCCAUUUGGGAAAAGCUAGUGAAACUGCGAGAUGACCCAAUAUGUGAAGAAUUUCCUCUCAUAUAUCAUCUUGAUGUUGCUGCUAUGUAUCCAAACAUCAUUUUAACAAACAGGCUUCAGCCACCUUCAAUUGUCACGGAUGAAAUAUGCACUGCAUGCGAUUUUAAUCGUCCUGGAAAAAAUUGCCUUAGGACGCUUGAAUGGGUUUGGCGUGGAGAGACAUACAUGGCAAAGAGAAGUGAUUAUUAUCAUAUAAAGAGGCAAAUUGAGUCUGAGUUUGUUGAUGGCAUGAAUGGAAAAUUAUCGAACACUUUCCUUGACCUGCCUAAAGCAGAACAACAAGUGAGACUAAAGGAGCGACUAAAAAAAUACUGCCAAAAGGCAUAUAAAAGGGUACUGGAUAAACCUAUUACUGAAGUUCGAGAAGCAGGGAUCUGCAUGCGUGAAAACCCAUUCUAUGUUGAUACUGUCCGCAGCUUUCGAGAUAGAAGGUAUGAAUACAAAGGGCUUAAUAAAGUUUGGAAGGGAAAGUUGUCCGAAGCAAAAGCCAGUGGGAACUCUAUCAGAAUCCAGGAAGCACAAGACAUGGUAGUGCUUUAUGAUUCACUGCAACUUGCCCAUAAGUGCAUUCUCAACUCCUUCUAUGGCUAUGUUAUGCGCAAGGGUGCAAGAUGGUAUUCAAUGGAAAUGGCUGGGGUUGUUACGUAUACCGGAGCUAAAAUAAUUCAGAAUGCACGCUUACUGGUUGAAAGAAUUGGGAGGCCUCUUGAGUUAGACACUGAUGGUAUCUGGUGUUGUCUACCUGGAUCUUUCCCAGAGAACUUCACAUUCAAGACAAAAGACUCAAAGAAGAAUCUGACAAUUUCAUAUCCAUGUGUCAUACUAAAUGUGGAUGUGGCUAGAAACAACACCAAUGAUCAAUACCAGAAUCUAAAAGAUCCUUUCAGUAAGACAUAUACAACGCAUAGUGAAUGCUCAAUUGAGUUUGAGGUGGAUGGGCCAUAUAAGGCAAUGAUUAUACCAGCUUCCAAGGAGGAAGGGAUUUUGAUAAAGAAACGGUAUGCAGUUUUCAAUGAUGAUGGUACCCUAGCUGAACUCAAGGGUUUUGAGAUCAAGCGAAGAGGUGAGCUGAAGCUGAUCAAAGUUUUCCAGGCGGAGCUUUUUGAUAAGUUCCUUCGAGGGUCAACCUUAGAAGAGUGUUAUUCAGCUGUUGCUGCUGUUGCAAAUCGCUGGCUUGACCUUCUUGAUAACCAAGGAGAGGACGUCACAGAUAGUGAAUUGCUUGAUUAUAUAUCAGAAUCAAGUACAAUGAGCAAGUCCUUAGCAGAUUAUGGGCAACAAAAGUCAUGCCCAGUAACCACAGCAAAGCGCUUAGCUGAUUUCCUUGGGGAUGCUAUGGUUAAAGAUAAAGGAUUGCGCUGUCAGUAUAUUGUUGCUUGUGAACCGAAGGGAACCCCAGUAAGUGAACGUGCUGUUCCUGUUGCAAUUUUUGAGACUGAACCAGAAAUUAUGAAGUUUUAUGUGAAGAAGUGGUGCAAAGUCUCAUCAGAUGUUGGCAUCCGGUCAAUCAUUGAUUGGUCAUACUACAAACAAAGGCUUAGUUCAGCUAUUCAAAAAAUUAUCACAAUCCCAGCUGCCAUGCAAAAGGUUGCAAAUCCUGUCCCAAGGGUUAUUCAUCCUGAUUGGUUGCACAAGAAAGUUAAAGAAAAAGAUGACAAGUUUCGCCAGCGGAAGUUGGUUGAUAUUUUCAACCGAAAAGAAAAAGAUGAUGCUGUGGGAUUGAGUGGUUAUCCUCACACUAUAGAUGUACAGAAUAUUACAGACAUGGAAGACUUUAGGUCUGGAAAAAAUCCUCCUGUGAGACCUCAACCUAUUGUUCAUUCAUUCGUGAUCCAUAAUGAACAGCAUCAAGUUGAAACAAAUAGUCUUGGGGGGAGUACGCAGCAAAAUGAUAUACAAACUGGACAACAUCAGUCUACUCAUCCAUUGCAAAAGGCUCCUGAAGAGACUAUUGAUAGAUUUGUCGACUAUCAAGGAUGGUUGGAGUCAAGGAAGAGAAUGUGGAGAGGGACUCGGGAAAAAAGGAAACGCCAACGGUUAAACCUUGUAAAUGAUGUGGAGGUUCCCAGUGGCUCUGCAAAUAACAGACAUGCUCUAGGUGGAGUUGGGGUGAAUUCCUAUUUCCAGAGGCAUGACUUAGCACUCACCCGCUGCCAUUGGCAGAUCAUUCAGCUCGAACCAAGUGGACAGCAUGGCAAAUUUUUUGCUUGGGUAGUUGUAGAAGGAGCAAUGCGUAAGAUCCCCUUAUUAGUUCCCAGAGUAUUCUACCUCAACUCCAAGGCCCCUGUAACAGAAGAAUUCCCUGGAAGGCGUGUAAACAAGAUUCUUCCCCACGGACACCAAAGCUACAACCUUAUUGAGGUCAUAAUUGAUGAAGACCAAUUUAGGACCGAAAGCAAGAAAUUAGCCGCUCACCUUGCAGAUCCUGAAGUUGAGGGAAUAUAUGAAACCAAGAUUCCACCGGAGUUUAAUGCCAUCCUUCAGAUUGGUUGUGUCUGUAAAGUGGACAAAUUAGCUAAAAAAAGAAACUUCCAAGAUGGCUGGAGUUUGAGUGAAUUGCACAUGAAGACAACAACUGAGUGCCCAUAUCUGGAGCAUUCAUAUAAUUUCUUCUACUUGUAUCAUAGCAUCUGUGACAGCCGAGCCAUUUUUGUUGCAUAUUUUCCUGCAUCAAGCCAAAUAGCUGUUGUGGUAGUCAGUCCUUUCCAGAGUAAGGAAUUGUCAUCUCAAAUGCUAGAUAGACAAUUUCGUGAAGCUGGCCAAGCAUUAUCCACGCAAACUACUACAAAUGAAGACAUUACUUUCAAGGUGGACUAUGUUGGGCAUGUCAAAGAUGCUCAAGGAAACUUGCAGAGGAUGAUAACCGAAUACAGACAUCGGCAUCAUGGACCUGUAAUCGCUGUUAUAGAGUGCCCUAAUAUUCAGUUAUUGAAGUCUGGCAUUAGGUCACUGGAAGACUUUCCUUGUGUAACCAUACCUUCCAAUGCUCGUGAUAGCAAAUAUCAGGCUAUUGGUUGGCAAGUAAUUGCUGCAAAAAUUGGAUUACAACGAUGUGCUGCUUCAUCACAAUGGUUGAAUGAGAGAGUUACACUUUCACGAUAUGCCCAUGUUCCGUUAGGAAAUUUUGAAGUUGACUGGCUCAUACACACUGCUGAUAUUUUUUUCUCAAGAGCUUUGCGUGAUCAGCAACAGGUUCUGUGGAUAUCUGAUAAUGGCUUCCCAGACUUGGGAGGCACUACUGAAGAUGUACCGUGUUUUAUAGAUGAAGUCAAUCAACCUAUCCUCACUUACCCUGGUGCAUAUAGGAAAGUUACAGUUGAGCUUAAGAUUCAUCACCUAACUGUCAAUGCUCUUCUCAAAAGUAACCAAGUGAAUGAAAUGGAAGGAGGAGCAUUAUUUGGUUUCGAUCAGGAUAUGAAUUCAUCUUCAUCUAAUACAGAGAAACAAUAUUGUUAUGAUGAGGAAAUUUCCUGUGCUCCUGCAUUUCGUGCUCUGAAGCAAUUAAUCCAGAGAUGCCUUGCUGACGCAGUUACAUCAGGAAAUGUGUUUGCAGAUGCUGUAUUACAGCAUCUCUACCGAUGGCUUUGCAGUCCAAUAUCUAAACUUCAUGACCCAGCUCUCCAUCGCAUGCUUCAUAAGGUUAUGCAAAAGGUGUUUGCUUUGCUUCUGGCGGAGUUCCGUAAAUUAGGUGCAACAAUUGUAUUUGCAAGCUUCAGCAGAAUUAUAAUUGAUACUGGAAAGUCAGAUCUAUCUGCAGCAAAAGCUUACUGUGAUAGUGUACUUAAAACUCUGCAGACAAGGGACUUGUUUGAGUGGAUUGAACUUGAACCUUUCCAGUUUUGGCAUUCCCUACUCUUCAUGGAUCAGUACAACUAUGGUGGAAUUCAAGCUAGAUCAGAAGAUAGACCCACAGAAGAAUGUACUAGUGCUGCUGCAGAAAGUGUGUGCACUGACUCUCAAGUAGAAAUCGUCUCCAACUGGGCCAUAGCAGAAAACUUGACAAAAGUAACUCAGGAUCACUUUAUCUUAAUUGUAUCAGAAUUUUUGUAUUUUCCAUGGAAGUUUGCGCAAGAAGAAGCAGCAAAACGAGCAUCUGGCAUGGGAGACCUGUGCACUCCAUCAAUCACAGCUGCUACUUCUGAGAUUCUUGAAUCACAGAAAACAGAGUUCCUGAAGAAAAAGAUUGCGUCUGACUUUACGGACAAACUUCUCAAAAUUGUAUGUGAUCCACAUCUUCACAUAAAAGGAAGAAACCAGUCUGAGAUUGAUCCUCCUGAAAGUUCGCAUUCUUCAACCAAUGUCCAAAAGGGAGAUGCUGCUCUAGAUUUCAUCAAGUAUGUCUGUGCAGUUUUGGCACUUGACCAAAAUGUUCAGCAUGAAAUCCUGGUUAUGAGAAGGAAUCUUCUGAAAUUGGUACGUGUAAGAGAAUUCGCUCCUGAGGCUGAAUUUCAGAAUCUACGGACAUCUUUAACUUUACCUAAUGUCAUUUGCAGUUACUGCAACGACUGCAGGGAUCUAGAUCUGUGUCGUGACAAGGGAUUAAUCGGGCAGGAAUGGCGUUGUGGUGUGGCUCAAUGCGGGCAAGCUUAUGACCGUGAAGUGAUUGAGAAUGCUCUCCUCCAGAUUAUUCGGCAGAGGGAAAGGCUGUACCACCUUCAAGACCUUGUGUGCCUCAAAUGCAAUCAGAUCAAAGCUGCACAUUUAGCCGAGCAUUGCUCGUGUGCUGGAUCAUUUGUUUGCAGGGAAGAUUCAGCUGAGUUCUGCAACAAAAUGCAGACUUUCCAGAAUGUGGCGGUGGAUCAGAAGUUUCAGCUCCUCCAAGAAAGUGUGUCUUGGAUCUUACAAGUCAAAUGGCUGUGAUCUGUAUAUCCCAAUAUUAUAAGCUUUGGAUGAAAGUAGAAGAGAAUCACUCGGAUUCUAUAUUUUAGAAACCCAAACCAAGAUGAAUACAAGUCGAAUCUACUUGUGUAUACAAAUGCCUCAUGAUAUGAAAUCAUUAUAUAAUUUCAUUUCAUUAAA